CCAGUCCCUCGGCCAGGCCCAGCCAGGCGAGGGCACGGGGACGCGGGGAGAAGGGGGCGCGGGCGCGGGGAGCCGGACGGACAGCCCGUCGCCGCGGACACCAUGGAGCCGGCCGCCCCCCAGGACGAGGGCCAGAGGAAGAAGCAGCCCAAGAAGCCUGCGCCCGAGGUGCUGCCACGGCCGCCCCGGGCCCUGCUGUGCCUCACGCUGGACAACCCGCUGCGCAAGGCCUGCAUCAGCGUGGUCGAGUGGAAGCCCUUCGAGACCAUCAUCCUGCUGACCAUCUUCGCCAACUGCGUGGCCCUGGCCGUGUACCUGCCCAUGCCCGAGGACGACAACAACAGCCUGAACGUCGGCCUGGAGAAGCUGGAGUACUUCUUCCUCAUCGUCUUCUCCAUCGAGGCCGCCAUGAAGAUCAUCGCCUACGGCUUCGCCUGGCACCCGGACGCCUACCUGCGCAGUGGCUGGAACGUGCUGGACUUCAUCAUCGUCUUCCUGGGGGUGUUCACGGUGAUCCUGGAGCAGGUGAACCUCAUCCAGAGCAACACCACGCCGCUGAGCAGCAAGGGCGCUGGGCUGGACGUCAAGGCGCUGCGGGCCUUCCGCGUGCUGCGCCCCCUGCGGCUGGUGUCGGGGGUGCCCAGCCUGCAGGUGGUGCUCAACUCCAUCUUCAAGGCCCUGCUGCCGCUGUUCCACAUCGGCCUGCUGGUCCUCUUCAUGGUCAUCAUCUACGCCAUCAUCGGCCUCGAGCUCUUCAAGGGCAAGAUGCACAAGACCUGCUACUACAUCGGCACCGACGUGGUGGCCACGGUGGAGAACGAGAAGCCGUCGCCCUGCGCCCGCACCGGCUCGGGCCGCCCCUGCACCAUCAACGGCAGCGAGUGCCGGGGCGGCUGGCCGGGGCCCAACCACGGCAUCACCCACUUCGACAACUUCGGCUUCUCCAUGCUCACCGUGUACCAGUGCAUCACCAUGGAGGGCUGGACCGACGUGCUGUACUGGGUCAACGACGCCAUCGGCAACGAGUGGCCCUGGAUCUACUUCGUCACCCUCAUCCUGCUGGGCUCCUUCUUCAUCCUCAACCUGGUGCUGGGCGUGCUGAGCGGGGAGUUCACCAAGGAGCGCGAGAAGGCCAAGUCCCGGGGAACGUUCCAGAAGCUGCGGGAGAAGCAGCAGCUGGACGAGGACCUGCGGGGCUACAUGAGCUGGAUCACCCAGGGCGAGGUCAUGGACGCGGACGAUCUGCGCGAGGGGAGGCUGUCCUUGGAGGAAGGCGGCUCGGACACGGAGAGUCUGUAUGAGAUCGAGGGCCUCAACAAGGUCAUCCAGUUCGUCCGGCACUGGAGGCAGUGGAUCCGUGUCUUUCGCUGGAAAUGCCACGACGUGGUCAAGUCCCGGGCCUUCUACUGGCUGGUGAUCCUGAUUGUGGCACUCAACACCCUGUCCAUCGCCUCCGAGCACCACAACCAGCCGCUGUGGCUGACCCACCUGCAGGACGUGGCCAACCGCGUGCUGCUGAGCCUGUUCGCAGCGGAGAUGCUGGUGAAGAUGUGCGGGCUGGGCCUGCGCCAGUACUUCAUGUCCAUCUUCAACCGCUUCGACUGCUUCGUGGUGUGCAGCGGGCUGCUGGAGGAGCUGCUGGUGCAGGCGGGCGCCAUGAGCCCGCUGGGCGUCUCCGUGCUGCGCUGCAUCCGGCUGCUGCGGCUCUUCAAGGUCACCAAGUACUGGACCUCGCUGAGCAACCUGGUGGCCUCGCUGCUGAACUCCAUCCGCUCCAUCGCGUCGCUGCUGCUGCUGCUCUUCCUCUUCAUCGUCAUCUUCGCGCUGCUGGGCAUGCAGCUCUUCGGCGGCCGCUACGACUUCGAGGACACCGAGCUGCGGCGCAGCAACUUCGACAGCUUCCCGCAGGCGCUCAUCAGCGUCUUCCAGGUGCUGACGGGCGAGGACUGGAACUCGGUGAUGUACAACGGCAUCCUGGCCUACGGCGGGCCCUCCUACCCCGGCAUGCUCGUGUGCAUCUACUUCAUCAUCCUCUUCGUCUGCGGAAACUACAUCCUGCUCAACGUGUUCCUGGCCAUCGCCGUGGACAACCUGGCCGAGGCCGAGAGCCUGACCUCCGCCCAGAAGGCCAAGGCCGAGGAGCGGAAGCGCAGGAAGAUGUCCAAGGGCCUCCCGGGCCGGCCGGAGGAGGAGAAGGCCGUGGCGGCCAAGAAGCCGGAGCAGAAGCCGAAGGGCGAGGGCAUCCCGACCACGGCCAAGCUGAAGGUCGACGAGUUCGAGUCCAACGUCAACGAGGUGAAGGACCCCUACCCCUCAGCGGACUUCCCAGGCGACGACGAAGAGGAAGAACCCGAGAUCCCGUUGAGCCCGCGCCCGCGGCCGCUGGCCGAGCUGCAGCUGAAGGAGAAGGCGGUGCCCAUCCCGGAAGCCAGCGCCUUCUUCAUCUUCAGCCCCACCAACAAGUUCCGCGUCUUCUGCCAUCGCAUCGUCAACGCCACCUGGUUCACCAACUUCAUCCUGCUCUUCAUCAUGCUCAGCAGCGCCGCCCUGGCCGCCGAGGACCCCAUCCAGGCCGAGUCCACGAGGAACCAGAUCCUCGGGUAUUUUGACAUCGCCUUCACCACUGUCUUCACCGUGGAGAUCAUCCUCAAGAUGACCACCUUCGGCGCCUUCCUGCACAAGGGCUCCUUCUGCCGCAACUACUUCAACAUCCUGGACCUGCUGGUGGUGGCCGUGUCCCUCAUCUCCAUGGGGCUCCCGUCCAGCUCCAUCUCGGUGGUGAAGAUCCUGCGGGUGCUGAGGGUGCUCCGGCCCCUGCGGGCCAUCAACCGCGCCAAGGGGCUCAAGCACGUGGUGCAGUGCGUGUUCGUGGCCAUCCGCACCAUCGGCAACAUCGUGCUGGUCACCACGCUGCUGCAGUUCAUCUUCGCCUGCGUGGGCGUGCAGCUCUUCAAGGGCAAGUUCUUCAGCUGCAAUGACUUGUCCAAGAUGACGGAGGAGGAAUGCAGGGGCCACUACUACGUCUACAAGGACGGGGACCCCACGCAGGUGGAGCUGCGGCGCCGGGAGUGGCUGCACAGCGACUUCCACUUUGACAACGUGCUGUCCGCCAUGAUGUCGCUCUUCACCGUGUCCACCUUCGAGGGCUGGCCUCAGCUGCUGUACAAGGCCAUCGACGCGUACGAGGAGGACAAGGGCCCGGUGCUGAACCACCGGGUGGAGAUGGCCAUCUUCUUCAUCGUCUACAUCAUCCUCAUCGCCUUCUUCAUGAUGAACAUCUUUGUGGGCUUCGUCAUCGUCACCUUCCAGGAGCAGGGCGAGACCGAGUACAAGAACUGCGAGCUGGACAAGAACCAGCGCCAGUGUGUGCAGUACGCCCUGAAGGCCCGCCCCCUGAAGUGCUACAUCCCCAAGAACCCGUACCAGUACCAGGUGUGGUACGUGGUCACCUCGUCCUACUUCGAGUACCUCAUGUUCGCCCUCAUCAUGCUCAACACCAUCUGCCUGGGCAUGCAGCACUACAACCAGUCGGAGGAGAUGAACCACAUCUCAGACAUCCUCAACGUGGCCUUCACCAUCGUCUUCACCCUCGAGAUGAUCCUCAAGCUCAUGGCCUUCAAGGCCAAGGGCUACUUCGGGGACCCCUGGAACGUGUUUGACUUCCUGAUCGUCAUCGGCAGCAUCAUCGACGUCAUCCUCAGCGAGAUCGACACCUUCCUGGCCUCCAGUGGGGGGCUGUACUGCCUGGGCGGCGGCUGCGGCACCGUGGACCCCGACGAGAGCGCCCGCAUCUCCAGCGCCUUCUUCCGCCUCUUCCGGGUCAUGAGGCUCAUCAAGCUGCUGAGCCGGGCCGAGGGCGUGCGCACGCUGCUCUGGACCUUCAUCAAGUCCUUCCAGGCCCUGCCCUACGUGGCCCUGCUCAUCGUCAUGCUGUUCUUCAUCUACGCCGUCAUCGGCAUGCAGAUGUUCGGGAAGAUCGCCCUGGUGGACGGGACCCCAAUCAACCGCAACAACAACUUCCAGACCUUCCCGCAGGCCGUGCUGCUGCUCUUCAGGUGUGCGACGGGCGAGGCCUGGCAGGAGGUGCUGCUGGCCAGCAGCUACGGGAAGCGGUGCGACCCGGCCUCCGAGUUCGCGCCCGGCGAGGAGCACUCGUGCGGCACCACCUUCGCCUACUACUACUUCAUCAGCUUCUACAUGCUCUGCGCCUUCCUGAUCAUCAACCUGUUCGUGGCCGUGAUCAUGGACAACUUCGACUACCUCACGCGGGACUGGUCCAUCCUGGGCCCGCACCACCUGGACGAGUUCAAGGCCAUCUGGGCCGAGUACGACCCCCAGGCCACGGGCCGCAUCAAGCACCUGGACGUGGUGACGCUGCUGCGGCGGAUCCAGCCCCCGCUCGGCUUCGGGAAGUUCUGCCCCCACCGCGUGGCCUGUAAGCGCCUCGUGGGCAUGAACAUGCCGCUCAACAGCGAUGGCACCGUCACCUUCAACGCCACCCUGUUCGCGCUGGUGCGCACCGCCCUCAAGAUCAAGACGGAAGGGAACUUCGAGCAGGCCAACGAGGAGCUGAGGGCCAUCAUCAAGAAGAUCUGGAAGAGGACCAGCAUGAAGCUCCUGGACCAGGUCAUCCCGCCCAUCGGAGACGACGAGGUGACGGUGGGCAAGUUCUACGCCACGUUCCUCAUCCAGGAGCACUUCCGCAAGUUCAUGAAGCGCCAGGAGGAGUACUACGGCUACCGGCCCAAGAAGGACGCCAAGGACACCAGCGCCGUGCAGAUCCAGGCCGGACUGCGCACCAUUGAGGAGGAGGCUGCGCCUGAGAUCCGCCGGGCCAUCUCGGGGGACCUGACGGCCGAGGAGGAGCUGGAGAGGGCGAUGGUGGAGGCCGCCCUGGAGGAGGGCAUCUUCCGGAGGACGGGGGGCCUGUUCGGCCAGGUGGACAACUUCCUGGACCGGCCCAGCUCCCUGGCACCCGCCCUGGCCAGCCAGCGGCCCCUGCAGUUCUCCGACAUCGAGAUGGAGGAGCUGGAGUCCCCCGUCUUCCUUGAGGACUUCCCCCAAGACCCCGGCGCCCACCCCCUGGCCCGCGCCAACACCAACAACGCCAACGCCAACGUCGCCGCGGGCAACGGCAGCCAUGGCAACCGCCAGGCGCUUCCCAGGGUCUGCUAUGAACGGGAGUCCCCUGGGGAGGCCGAGAUGCCGGCUGCCAGAGGCGGGGCCCUGGGACCCCGCAGCCAGUCCCGCGGGGAGCAGCCAAGGCCCAGGCCCAGGCCCCGGCGGGAAGGACGGCUGCCCCUGAGAGUGGGGCCCCCCGCCCAGGCGGCUCCUGCGCCCGGCCAGCGCCCCGAGACGGAGCCCCCCAGGAUCGAGGCAGAGGAACCCCCUCCCGGCAGACGGGCCCCCGAGACCCCUCCCGGGGGCCUGGCUCCGGCCACCGCCCUGCUGAUCCAGCAGGUGAGGGGGCGGGACCGGGUCCCGGGCUCCAUGCAUGGGGGCGGG